AUCUCUCCUUCCCUCAGAGCUACUUUAUUUUCCCUCAUAAUCACCAACAGAUCUCAGCAGAAAUUGUUUGAUAAUUUCCCUCAGAGAAGAAACAGAAAAGUGAAUCUUUUGCCAUGAAUAAUAGUUCAGAGAAUUCGAGCGAAGAGACUGAUCAGCUAGAACAUGCAGAUUCAUCAGGAGGGACCAGACGCUCUUACGAGUGCACAUUUUGCAGAAGGGGCUUCACCAACGCUCAGGCGUUAGGGGGUCACAUGAAUAUUCAUAGAAAAGACAGAGCCAAAGCCAAACAAAGUGCACCUAAUAAUUCUUCUUUGCUUUCAAACAAAUUGUCCAACGAGGAAUCUUUCGCAUCAGCCUCCCCUUUUCUUUCAGAAAUAUCUUCUGGCCAUCAAUCCUCAAGGUUUUACUCCAUUUUUGAGGUUCAGGGAAACUAUAACAUGUAUUUCCAGCCAUCUUCUGCAGCAAACCCUGGAAACCCUUCUCCUGCAUCGUAUGCUUUUCCUUUUGAGUAUCUUAAUCCAAGGACUCAUCGUCAGUCUGUGGAUAUGAACCAAGAGCUUCUUGGGGCCAAUUUGAGCCUCCAGAUUGGUUCGAGCCACGUGGAAAGUGAUCAGAAAGAUGGCGAAGUGGACUUAGAGCUCAGACUUGGCCAUCAUCCAUUUUGAGGUUAUUUAAGAUGCUUUUGAUUCAAAUUUUCUUUCAUCGAUCUGCGGCAGUAAUGAUGAGGUAAUGUCCACACACAUAUUUUGCUUUGUCAAAUUUUGUAUUUGAGUAUAUGAAUCAUGUUGCACAUGCUACGGCUGUCCUUG